GCGGCCCGCCAUGGGGGAACCGCCGCGGCGGCCGCGGUCGUUGUUCCUGGCCGGGCUGGCCGCUGCCUACCUCGCCGCCUUCGCUUCGCUCUACGUUCAGAUCCCCGGGCUGUACGGGAGAGAUGGCAUCCUGCCGGCCCGCAAAGUGUUACGCCUCAGCGGGAAGGGGCUAUGGGAACAACUAUGGGAUUUUCCCACCUUGUUGUGGCUCAGUCCCCGCCUGGGUUUGGAUACGGAGCUGGGGAUGGAGCUGCUCUGCCUCCUCGGCGUCCUCGCCUCCUUCAGCGCCUUGCUGUUCGAGCCACUGCGGGACAGCCUGCUCUUCACCCUGCUGUGGGUGCUCUAUCUCUCGCUCUACCAGGUGGGGCAGGUCUUCCUCUACUUCCAAUGGGAUAGCCUCCUGCUGGAAGUGGGAUUCCUGGCGGUGCUGGUGGCCCCCCUGCGCCUGCUGAAGUGGCGGUCCACGGCCUGGCGUGCCCAUGACAGCAUCACCUUCUGGCUGGUGCGCUGGCUCCUCUUCCGGCUGAUGUUCGCCUCUGGUGUGGUGAAACUGACCAGCCGCUGCCCCACCUGGUGGGGGCUCACAGCUCUCACCUAUCACUACGAGACCCAGUGCAUCCCCACGCCAGGUGCCUGGUUUGCCCACCAGCUGCCCGUCUGGUUCCAGAAGUUCAGUGUGGUGGCCACCUAUGUCAUCGAGAUUGCCAUCCCACUUCUCUUCUUCGCACCCAUCCGCCGCCUCCGGCUCUUUGCCUUCUACAGCCAGGUCCUGCUGCAGGUCCUCAUCAUCCUCACGGGUAACUACAACUUCUUCAACAUGCUCACCAUUGUCCUGGCCUUCUCUCUGCUGGAUGAGGAGCACGUGGGGCACUGGCUGGGGCGCAGCAAGAAGAGGCAUGCCAGCACCUGGCCCCCCAGCCUGCGGUCCCUCCUCUCCACCCUGCUGGAGAUGAGCACCUAUGGCUUCCUGCUCUACUGGAGCAUCCAGUACUUCAGCCUGGAGAUUAACUGGGAGAAGAGGCUGCUGGACUCCAAAGUGGCCUUCACCUAUCACGAGUUCACAACGUGGCUGCGGGCAGUGACCCUGCCACUGGUGGGGCUGGGCUUCCUCUCGCUCUCCUGGGAGAUCCUCUCUGCCAUGUACAGGUGUGCCUGCGUCCGCGGCUGCUUCUGGAAGCUCUGGGCCAUGCUGCAGUGGGCCGUCUUCGCCACAGCAACCAUGGGGAUGUUUGCCAUCAGCUUGGUGCCCUUCACCUACAUUGACUAUGAGUCCAACGGCAAGCUGUGGCCCGGCAUCCACCAGAUGUUCAACGCGGUCGAACGCUUCCAGGUGGUGAACUCCUAUGGGCUCUUCCGCAGGAUGACGGGCGUCGGGGGGCGGCCCGAGGUGGUGCUGGAGGGCAGCUACGACAAGCAGACCUGGAUGGAGAUUGAGUUCAUGUACAAGCCCGGGAACGUCAGCGCGGCCCCCGCCGUGGUCACCCCACACCAGCCCCGCCUCGACUGGCAGAUGUGGUUCGCAGCCCUGGCCCACCACAGCAGCAGCCCCUGGUUCACCAGCUUCGUCUACCGCCUGCUGCAGGGCAAGAAGGACGUGAUCCGCCUGGUGCAGGUCGACGAGUCCCGGUACCCCUUCAGCGCUCAGCCCCCUGUCUACAUCCGCGCGCAGCUCUACAAGUACUGGUUCACCGGCAGCGCCGAGGGCAGCGAGGGGCCUGCGCCGUGGUGGCGGCGGCAGCACGUGCAGGAGUUCUUCCCCACCGUCUCCUUGGGCGACCCCACACUGGAGAGCCUGCUCAACCAGCACGGGCUGAAGGACAAGAUGUCGCUGAAGCGCUCGGCGGACGCCUUCCUUCCCUGGCUGCUGCAGUCCCUCCGCCAGCUCAGCCGCCCCUUCUCCGGCCCUGCCAUCCUCUGGUCCCUGUACCUCGUGGUGGCCACUGUCUACCUCCUGCGAGCCCUGGGCCGCCGGCCCCGGGGGGGUGCACCCCCCGCCCGCCACAAAGGCCCCAGGCGGGGGGACCCUGCCGACCGGGGGGGCGGCGAGAAGAAUGGGCAGGUGCGGAGGAAGGAGGCAAAAGAGACGGAGGAGAAAGGCGAGGGCCGGACCCGGGGGGCAGCUGACGGCCACGGUGACAGCCUCCGUGGCACCAAGAAGAAGAAGUAGAGCCUGGAGCCGCUGGUCCAGGCCCCGUCUUCCACCCAUGGACUGAUGGAGCUGCCUGUGGGCCCCGCUGCCUCCCCUCAUCCCGGCUGUCUGCCCCUGCCUGCCUCCCUGGCAUGGGGGUCCCUGGCUGGGGUGCAAGCAGGCCCCCCCACCCCUGCUGUCACGCUGCCUGCCUGCCCCGGGGUGAGCUUGCUGCUCUCUUCCCCUGCCAGUGCCUUUACGCACAGCACAGUCAUUGCUCGCAGAUGGCAGAGCGGGGCAGCUCCCUCGCCGCUGCCCCUCUGUCUCCUCCCCAGUCUGGGCCCUGUGGUGGGGCCAUGCCGGGCUGCAGCAGGGUGCUGAGCGCCGGCGGGAUGAUGCUCAGCACUGGCAGGAGCAGCUUUGGGCAGCCACAGCGAGGCAGCACCAGCCCUCCCGGUUAUCACGCACA